GAAAAAUUGCCUCUUAUUACACGAAAGGAUCAACUUGCCACUGCAAAUGAAACUUUUCCCUCUGAGUCAGUAAAAGGAUUCUGGCAUGUCUCUGAUAUGUAUUCCUUCGAAAAUGUAGGCUUCUGCAAUACUGUAGGCUCAAUUAAAUAUUUGGUUUGUGCUGAUUGCGAUCUGGGCCCAAUUGGAUUGCACAAACUUGACCAGGAGCCAUCGAAAUCUUUUUUUAUUGCCCUAUCUCGCGUCCGGAACUCUGAUGACGACUCAAGUCAGGCGAAUUUACCUUCAGAAGGCAUGGCUUUCACUCAAGAUGACCAAGAAAUUUUCAACAGACCUAUUCCCAAUUCUACCCAUCCUUCCUCUGAUUUGAUAGAAGAAGCAAACUUUAAUGACACUAUAUCAAAAUGUGACCCUUCUACUAAUGACAUUAAAUAA